UGGUCCAGGGUUCACUGCUAGUGUAAACAAUGAAAAUAUUGAUCUGCAACCACUGGGCAGAAACAUUCACUGACAGUAGAACGAUCAUGUAAAAACAUUAUUUGUAGAUGUGUUUAACAUUGUUGGGGAAUGUACUGACAGCAGAGUGCCGGGAAUUCCUGAGUUCUUCCGCCCCGAGGCGAAAAGAAAACCAGUUUUCUAUACACUGACCCGCGUGUGUGUGUUGUUGCAGCCAUGGAUGGUGUGUUGGAAGGAGCAGUGGUGUUGUGUGUGUGUAAACUGGCCUGCAGUCUCCUCUUCCUGCCCUCCCUGGCUGCCCCCUACAGCCCCGUCAGCUUCUGCUGCUGCUGCCUCCUGGUCUUCACCGACUUCCUGGUCACAGUUUUUCUUACUUACCUUUGCAUCUUUGAGUCGUGGCUAACUGACCUGAACCCAGUAGGCAAUGUGAUUGCCCUGCGCUUCCUGCUCUUUCUCAGCCAUACAUAUGGCGCCGUGUUGCUCCUGACCACGCCUCUGAUUGCUCUGGAGACUCUGACCAGACUGCUGUGGCCUCACUCUGCUGCAGCACAUCAGACAGUGAGCUCUGAUGGACAGCGUUGUUAUGUUGGGGAGGCAACUGCGGAAGAGGAGGAGGACGACAAAGACAAAGAAAAGAUGUUGUCUCAUGCUGUCAGCUACCUCUGCUGCCUGUCAGUCUGGGUUGCCGUCGCCCUCAAUGUCAGGUGGAGAUGGAGGCAGGAGGAAGUGUGGGCUGCUGCCUGUUUGCACACAACCAACUCCCUCAUCAGAUGUUUGCCCAACCUGUUCAGCCCCAUGCCCAGCACCGUGAACCUCUUCUGGGGCAUGGCUUUCCUCUCCCUCCUCCUGGUCCUGCUGACCAUCAGCAACGGCCUGCACAGACGACACUGGGCCCCUGCAAGGAGCGUGAGGACACACAUAGAGAAACAUGGUGUUAACAAUAAUGGCCAUAGUUGCUGGCAAGACCUCGUUCCAGUGCCGCCUGCACCCUCCAAGCCUGUGAACCCUGAGACGUUGGAGUCAGAGCCAGCACAGUGUGUUGACCCAGAGAAAACAGAGAGCAGCUGCACUGUUCACAGACCGUAUUCCUGGAACAGCGUGCAGAUGUCGGCGCAUCACCAUGGAGACUUUGUCCUCAGCUCCCCCGAGUGUUUGUCUGCAGAGAGAGGAGGACAGGAGCUCGGAAGGACAAAGAGAGGUAUACCUCUGACAUUUAUCACGGAGGAACAUGUAGUCUCACAAUACAGGAGCCAAAAAGGGUGGCGGCAGUGGGGUUUUCCCUGCCCCGGGGUGAAUGUAAUGAUAGGGUUUGUGGGUGUGCUCUUCAUCUUUGUGCUGCCUCUAAACCUCAGUGUGAACAUUCUUCUGAUCAGGACUAUAGAGACUCUACUGGAGCUGUGUAUAAAAGCUUUAGCUUCAUCUGCAACAAACGCAAAUAAUGCAUUCACCUCUCACAAGGAAACACUUGUAUAAAAGCCGGCAGGUGAGACGGAUAAGUGGAUGCAGAUUGGAGGCUAUUUGCAACAUGAUCACCAGAUUAAUAUUGCAUGUGUGCAGACAGCAGGUCUGCCUGUCAACACUGGUUUGAAAAGACUGUAAAUAAACAUUGCAGAGCAGCUAUUCACAUGUGAUGAAUAAUAUGUGGAAACUGCAAAAAGGUGCUGAGGAGGCAGGUUGGGGCGUGCUUGGUAUUAAGAACUAAACCAGGCUGAAACAGACGACUGGAAGGCCUGUUUUUAUUGUUCAGAGCCUUAAGAUCUGCAGCGAUUUGUCAUCACACAAAGGGUUAUAGAACGAACCUCUCCAGCGUAAAUAAGAUUAAUCCGGGGGCAAACAGUACUUUGAAAGUAGGAAUAUGAAGUGUGCUGGUGCUGCAUCACAUAAACCUUCCAUAAAGCAUGUAUAAAUAAAUACUGAGGGACUUGAGGGUGUGCCACAGAUUUUGUUCUUCUUUGUAGUUUUGUUUCUGUUCUUAAAUAAGCUGGUUUCAAAGGACUGUAUUACUCUUCAGAUGUGA